AUGUAUAACGAAUCUUCGUCAUUUCCUUCACUCUCUUCGUUUGUGAUAUUCAGUGACCUGACCGAGUUGGCCAGCACACAGAUCUCACUCAACAUGUCGACCGAUGAGAUGCCAACGAUGAGCUCAGACAUGGUUUCUGAGAUAUCUCUGGUGCCAUCAGUGCCUUCAAGCAACGGGUUGUCAACCGAGUCACAGUUAACCACACCCGUGUGGAUGUCAUCAGUUCAUGUUUCAUCUCUAGAAAUGAAUGGCUCGAUGGAUUUUUCAGUUACCUCAUCAUCCAGUGCUUUAGAUGUGACACCUACAAUUAUAACUGUAAGUUAA